CCCCUAGCGGCCAGUCGGUGACUUGUUGCUUCAGUCAAGCCCUAACCUCAAAAUUUAUUUAUUUUUCCAUAAAUAUGAGUCAUGGCUAAGAUUUUUAACGCAAUAAUUGUGGCGAUCAUUGUUUGUUGCUUAAAAUGCUCGGACGGUAGUGUAUGUAUUUCGGAAGAUGCGUGCAAUUGCCAAAUCAACGCAAAUAGCAGAAUAGACUUGAAGCAGAUUUCGCCAAAUGUUCUCUUUGAUAGCGACAGCUCAGGCAAUAGUUUCUAUUUUUGGGGGUGCAGAGAUGGGACGCAAAAUAUAACCGUGAACGGCACCGUGAAACCGUUCACCGGUUCGUUGAUUUGGGCGAAUGCCACUGAAGGUAAACCUCUAGGAUUUAGCAAAGAAAUACGGUUUAAUCUCCACGACGAGAAGGAAAAGUUUUACGAAAUUGUUUACAAGGAUGGGGAAAAUGUCAAGGCUUCGGUUCACCUUGUUUGUACGCUUGAAGACACGUUUAUCAAAAUUUUGAUUGCUAACAGUACUAAUCCCCAGUUGGCGCUUGGUUCGCCCCAUGCUUGCGUUAUCACCGAAAAGUCGGGUCUGAGUACGGGUUCAGUCCUCCUUUUGAUAUUUUUUAUCUCAUUUGGGGCCUAUUUCGUUGGGGGAAUACUCAUUUUGUACUUUAUGAGGGGUGCAAGAGGGUUGGAAACGAUUCCAAAUGUAGAUUUUUGGAGAAGUUUGCCAGGAUUAGUCAAAGAUGGCAUCAUUUUUCUUUUCAGCGGCUGCAGUGCCAGCUCUAUUACAACACCGGAGACUUACGACAGAAUUUAGCGAUAUUUCUUAGGUGUUUUGCGACUGAGUGAUUUCUGUGUUUGUAUAAAUUUAUAAAAUAAAGUUACUUUAAUUAAUUGUU